CAUGUUCUUCAGCCAGGACUGGAGAGAACGAAUCAAGGCGGAGAAUCCUGAUGCUGGCUUCGGUGAGAUUGGCAAGCUACUUGGCGCGAAGUGGAAGGAACUGGACGACUCUGAGAAGAAGCCGUACGUUGAGCAAGCGUUACGAGACAAGGCCAGGGCAGAACAAGAGAAAAGCGAAUAUGAUGGCAAGAAGAACGAUAGCGCCGGCAGUGGUGACGGCGACGACGACGACGACUAAUGGAUUCUGAAAUCCAGAAACUUGUUCACAGUACGUUUGGCCAGCACUGUGCAUCGCGUCUACGGCCAGCUGCCAGAUUCCGUUCCUUUCCGUCGCUUCUCUGAUCUGGAUCUCUCGUAUACUAAAAGCUGCAUUUUUGUUCCCGGCUGCGUCGUCUAUGCUCUCGUCCAUGUACUGUGUUUUUGUGUCUAGCCUGGCCGGCCUGGUACGGAUGCCGCGUUGUUGUCCAUUGAUCCGCCGUGACACUUCUCGAUGUCCACGCUUGCUGUAUCUUGACGCCAUGUACUAUACUAGACGAUGGUAGUAGUGUGCCUCGAUUAUUUAUUUUGCUGUUUCAUUGCCGCA